GUCCCGAACACAUCGGUAUCAAUAAAAGCUGCAGCUUGGUCGGUGUCCUGCUCAUUUCUGAUUGGCUGACUGAUGAGAAGCACACGGCUGAAGUUUGGACAGCAGCUCUGACGUGAAGAUGAAAAACUCAAAGAGUUUUCAGUUGGAUGAUUUUAUCGCAGGAUGGAUUGGCGGAGCGUCCAGUGUGGUCGUGGGCCAUCCGCUUGACACAGUGAAGACGCGGCUUCAGGCGGGAAAAGGCUACAGAAACACUCUACACUGCAUCCUCACCAUCUACAGGAAGGAAACGGUUUCCGGUUUCUUUAAAGGCAUGUCUUUCCCGUUGGCCACCAUCACCGUCUACAACUCAGUGGUGUUUGGCUUCUUCAGUAACACACAGAGACUUAUUAGCAAGUAUCGCUAUGGUGACGGGCGGCAUCCCUGCGGCAUGGUGGACCUGACUGUGGCCAGUAUGCUGACUGGACUGGUGUCAGUGGGUCUGGGAGCUCCGGUUGAUCUGGUCAAGAUCAGACUGCAAAUGCAGACGCAGAUGGUUGUAACAGAGAACUUGCAGCUUGCAGGCAACGUAUCGGAUGGCACCAGUAUCCCUCUGCGCUCCAUUGACAUGAACAGCCAGAGACUCUACCGAGGCCCCAUCCACUGCAUCAGCAGUAUCCUGCAGAGUGAGGGCCUGCAGGGCCUGUACAGAGGGGGCGGGGCCAUGCUUCUGAGGGACGUUCCUGGAUACGUGCUCUACUUCAUCCCCUACUCCAUCUUCUGUGAUCUGCUGAAGCCAGACGCCACGUCAAGCCCGCAUCCUGGUUCCAUCUGGCUGGCUGGAGGACUGGCAGGGUCCAUUUCCUGGGUCACGGCCACGCCAGCUGAUGUAGUGAAGAGUCGAAUGCAGGCCGACACUCAGCUGCAGAGGAAGUACAGAGGAAUCUUACACUGUAUCAUCCACAGCUACAGGACGGAGGGAGCACAAAUUUUCUUCCGUGGAGCGUCCGUCAACGCCAUCCGAGGCUUCCCAAUGAGCGCCACCAUGUUCCUGACCUACGAACUGUCCCUGCAGUUCUUCAGGAGUUUCUAGGACAGAGGAAACACAUUGGGUGUAAAAGGAAUUGCACUCAGUUUUUUGGCCAAUGAGCAGUUUGUUUGAGACAAGAGGUUUUAGAAACCGCGAGUCAGAACAUUUUGCUGUCAGGUGAUGAAAUACUUGAGCUUCUACUGACUUUCAUGCCUUAGAAAGAGUGGUUAUUGAUUAUUAGGCAACUUUAUUCAUUACAACCAAACUCAACAUGCUUUACAUAAAAAAAAAUCCAAUGAAAAUAGAUAUAUGAAUAUAGACCCUUAAUUGUGCAAUAUUUUGAUUUGUUGGCAUCAUACUGUUACCCAUGGCAACAAGCCUGGCUGACAGUGAGUUGAUGAUGGACUGUGCGGUGGUUCCAAAAAAGAGGAGCUUCAGUAGUGUGCAAUAAAGUGUGGCGUUGGCUCAGAGGGAACUCAUUCAGCGGCCCUUUAUGGCAGCAGCACAGUGAUUCUGUCUCCCAACAGCCUGUCACAGGUUACAGCCUGAUGAUCAAUGGUUUAUAUUUAUUGAUCCAGGGGACAUUUUUUAAAAUGUGAUUUAGUUGAACUAUUAAUAUUGUAACAGAACCUGAAUCUGACUCUGAGUCACUGUUGUUGUUCACAAACUAAAGAAAUGAUAUCAUCACUUUUCUUUAGUUUUUACUCAAUAUUUUAAGCAAACUGUGAAACCACGUCACUGAUUCUGUUCUUAAAUUGAUAAUUCAAUCAUUUUUUACUAAUUUCUCAAUUCGUCAAGAAUAUCGUCAAGUAUUCUGAGAUUAUUUCAGGCCCAUGUUGCCCUAUGUUUCACCACAGCUUUGCACAUGGUGCAUUCAGCAGUUCAGCCCUGUGUUAGUGCAGCAUGUCAGGAAAUUAGCAUGCACAGAUUUUAGCAGUAAUUAUUUUGAGACGUUGGUGUUGCACACGUUGGCAUCUUAUACUUAUAUAUUAUAUAUACUUACAUGCUUCAGCUGCCAGUUUCUAGUUUAACAGAGGAAUUUAAAUGUACCAAGGUCAGGACAGAGCUCUUGUUAUCUAGUAGUAAGGACGUGGGAGUUAGGAGUGUGGUUCCAAAUCCAACCAAGGGAGGAAGUGGAACCCAAGAUCGACAGAUCGACAGUUCAGGAGGCAGAGGCAGCUCUUAGGCAUGCAGAGAUUGUAGGUAAUGUUCAGUUUGGCCGGGGAGGCCUGGGGCUUGGCUCAAACCGGUAUGGAAUAAAGCAGGUCUCAGAGAUAAAAGAAAGCUGGUUGUAGAACAGAUACGUAGACAGGAGGAGAUAGUAAGGGGUGCAAAGGUAGUGGCCCAGGCUAAACAGGGACAGUUGUUGAAUUGGGAAAGUGUAGAGAAGAGGAAGCUUAGUUGGAGGGACCUGUGGAGUAUGGAGGAGAAUCGUAUUAGAUUCCUGGUAGGAGCUACAUAUGAUGUGUUACCAACCCUCCAGAACCUAAAACUGUGGGUAAAGUUAGCUUGUGAGAAGGCCGAUAUACAUGGCGACAUAACCAGGUGUUGAAAUGUUUAGCUGCAGGCAUCGAAGGCAAACGAAGACAGGUGAAUUCAGAAGGUUUUAAGAAUAGGAGUUUAGUAAUUCAGUGUGUCCGUGAGGGAGAGAAAUACAGAUGAGAUAAGUUAGUGAGGAGGCAAGGGUGUGGCCGCCUAGAAGGUGCUUGUGAUUGGGAAAUGCAAGUAGAUUUAGGGGGAAAGCUUGUUGUUCCCCAGGAAAUAGUUUGUACCAAGCAGAGGCCUGACUUAGUGUUGUGGUCAGUGAGUCAACGGAUAGUUUAUUUCAUUGAGCUGACAAUUCCUUGGGAAGACUCAGUGGAAGAAGCCUAUGAAUGAAAAAAGGUUAGAUAUGCAGGCUUAGGAGCAGAAGCUGAGCAGCGAGGGUGGAAGACUAGGAUUUGUCCAGUGGAAGUGGGGUGUAGGGGAUUCAUAGAAUGAUCAGCUGUCUUGCUCCUGGGGGAACUAAAGAUCUAGUCUAGUUAGUCGAUUUGGAUGAAGAGAAAUAAUGUCAGUUGGGGGCCAGCAGGGGGAACUACUAAGCAGGGAACAUAACUCCUUGAGAUCAGGUGGAGAGAUCCACUUCCUCUCAGGAGGAAAUCCAGGAAGAGGAAGGUUAUUUAAGUGUGGCAGUGGCCUAUUUGAAUCCCUUUUGUUUGAGGCCAUGCUGCAAGGUGAGUGUGUUUGCUGAUCCUGUAAGUUUAUCUAUCUCCUUUAACUUUAGCUUAUAUUGUAGUUAUGCUAUGUAGCGUGUGAAAUAGAGUAUGGUGAAUGUGCUAGGAAAGGUAGUAUCAGCACUGUCUCUACCUGCAGCUCGCAUGUACGGAGCCUGGGUUUGUUGAAGGUGGCAGUGCUGUUUGGGCUGAGAAAGCCAUGCGUAAGUAAGGUAAAGGAGGUUAUUGGGUUGGUGUGGGGAGCAGUGAGACCUGGCAUUAGGGGAGUGUCUCUGGGAUGCCAGAUCACGACCCGAUGACCCCAAAGACAUGUUAGUUAUCACUGCUCACUGGUCUAUAUAGUUAAGCCUUGCCAUAAUAGCUUAUCAUAGGGCUUAGGAGGUUAUUCACUGAGUGCUGAUCCUUUCUCUAGAGCACAAACGUCUUGUGUUUAUUUGAACUUUCUAAAGCAAAUUUACCAAAGAACUCUGUGUGUUUCUCUGAACGUAUUGAAGUUAUGUUUUCUGUUUGGGAUCAGUCUGACCUGAAACUGGUUUUUAUUUUUCAGAAUUUUUAAUACUUAGAGUGGAACAGUGGUCCUGUGGACCAUCAGCAUCACACAAUAACAUUAUCACUACGUCAUUACACAGAUUUAAACAGUGGACAGUGAUGUAGUGAUUUUUAGGUUGAAAGCUCUAAAGAAAGAGAGAAAGAGCUGAUUUUUAUUUAACCAUCAUUUAGCAUCAUAUCAGUAACUAUAUUUAAACAUGUAAUAGUGACCUUUGACAUGUUUAAGUCACUUCAAAACCAUGUCAUUAAUCCCUGUAAGGACAAUUUCUGUUUAAGUUACAACUUUAUUUAACCUCUACGUUUGAACAAAACUCAGCUUCCUUUUAACCCAAAAUGUCAUAUGACCUGCAAAUCAACAAAUAAGUGGUUGUCGUCAUCACAUGUACUUUACAGUGUUAUUCAUGAAAAAACAAGGGAGCUGUACACGAUAAAAUAAGACAUGAAAAUAGGGCUGAAUGCUUUUAUAAUGGAUGUGGCAUUUUCAACACAAUGUCGUGUUUUUUAGCAGGUCAGUCUCAGUGAGCGUUUAGUGUUUUUUUUUUUUUUUAUAAUUUUCUGUUAGUUGGCACAGUUAAAAUUUGCCAUUUUAAUAUUUUCACAUUUGUAAUGAGAACAUUAAAUGUCAGUUGUAAAUUAUUUAACUUUUGAAUGAAAUUCAGAAAUAGAUGUUUGCUCUUUAAAUUUUAUUGAAAAUGACACAUCCAUUCACAACAUGAAUUGCCUUUCAGUGCACACAGACUGAAUGUGCGUCCCCUGUUUACACCUGCACAUACAGUGGUGGAAAAAACACCCUUAAAAUUUUACACAAUCUCAAAUAUUAUCAUGAAAUAUUUGUGGAAAAAUCUUUUUUGUGUUUCAAAAGGUGUGGCUGCAUUAGACAGAUACAAACAAAUACAAAUUAUAUUUUUUUUGUUUAUUGUUUACAAGAAAAACUAACAAAACUAAAUUCUUGACAGUUUCAAUAUGUCAGUUCUCAACAUUGUCGGUAUCAAAGUCAACAAAUAACAGAGAAUGUGUUCAAAACUGAACAAAAAAUAAAUAAACCAUCACAUCAUCAAAUUAAUAUUUAGUAGUUCUGCCAUUGGCACGUAGUAGAGCUCUAAUCCUGGCUGGCAUGUUCCCCACGAGCCUUUCACACUGUUGAGGGGUAAUCUUGUCCCAUUCUUCUUGAAUUACUGCUUUUAAUUCUUCUAAAUUCUUUGGUUUAUGCUUUGAAACAGACCUUUUGAUAAUCCACCACAGAUUUUCAAUGGGGCUCAUGUCCGGGGAUUGAGCUGGCCAGUCUAAGACCUGGAUACUGUGGGCAUCUUGAUAGCCUUGUAGGACCUUAAGCCAUGAUCUAAAAGUCGGCCACGUACAGUGCGGGUGGAACACUGGACACCAGUUUGGUUUGACCACUGCUGCUGAAGCUCCUGUGAUGUCAUUCGGCGGUUUUGCCUGCCGAAGUUAAUUAUAACUUCACAUUAUUAUCAAGCUUAUUCAUAUAAUACAGUUAAAAUGCAUUAAUUCAGACACAUAGAAGCUAAUGUUCCUAAUGCUAACUGUCCUGUUAUUGUUGUAUAAAGUCUGCAGAGUUAACGCAGAAUCAUGAAUCUGAGCAGUUUAAACACAUUUAUAGCCAGUGAUGCAUAGAGUUUCAUUUUAAAAUGAGAUUUACUUGAAACUGAUGAAAUAAUUACUUACAUGAAUAAAAACGUGAAGUCAUGUUGAGAUUUUCUCUAUCAUGAAAUCAUUACAUUCAAGACAAAAUCAUUAAAUUAUAAAUCAAUUCUUCAUUCAUAAAUUGGAUAUUUCUGAUUUUAGAGUCAACAUCUUCAAAGAAAUGUCUUUGCUGUGUGUGAGCCAUAUUUUAAAUAGUUUUCUUGUUGUGUAAAUACGUUGUAAAUAUGUAAACUACCAUUCCAGAUGGUAUUUUAUUGUAAAUAAAUAAAAUUUUUAAACAUG